UUGCCGAAUUUCUAUUUUUGGUGAAUGAUCAGGAUAGAAAACUAGAUUAAAAGGAAGCUUUUAAUCUAUUUGUUCAGAAUUCACUAGUUCACUCCCUUAAAAAGAAGGGUUCCAAUCUACGGAAAUUUCGAAAUACCAAGGAUGUCCCAAGGUUAGAAAGCCCGCCAACACUCCCCCCACUAAAUUAAAUUCAUUCCUGCUUUGGCUGAGGCCUUCAUCAAUUCAUCCUCAUCCUCUACCAGAUUUCGGCAAAAAAAGGAAACGACCAGAACGUUACUAUAACAGUCAAAUCACCCCCUAGCCACGUGUCGAUCAUUCUGAGAGCUCCCGCUCCUUUUUGUAGCUGACAUGGUUUGCUUUGGGUUCCUUACAGCAGAUUGGCAUACCAGAACCCAAAGUAGUGAAAGGAAAUUGCAGCUGUCCGAAGGGAAAGUUGGAUUUGGAUUGUAGCAUCAAUGGUUUCCAGUGGGCAUGAAAGCUUUUUCUGAAGGACUGGGGGUUUAUCUGGUUUUCUUUGCUGGGGUUAUAUGGAAGCUUAUUGAUAGAUAGGCUUGAAGUUUGAUUAGUGUAGAGUUUUAGAGAUGAAGAGAAAAGGUAGAUCGGUAGUUAAGAAGGGAGCUGGUGGUAAAAGCACAACAGAAGAUGCAGAAGCUAAAGCACAAGAAAAGAUAUUGAUCGAGCAUGAGAAGAGUGGUGACAAGGUUGCUGAGGAUUUAGAUAGAAAUAAUAGUGAAAGUGAUAGGUCCAAGGGGAGCAAUGCAAGUGUGAAUACCAAGGAAGAGAAUGAUCUAGGUGUUGGAGGUGAUAAUUUGAAGGGUAAAAAUGCUCCAGGGGGAGAUAAUGGGUGCAAAAUGAAAGGUGAAGGUGUAGUUAAAGAGGCUAAUAGUGAAAGUGAUAAGCCUAAGGGGAGAAAUGCAAGUUUAAAUGCCAAGGAGGAGAAUGAUUCAGGUGUUGGAGGUGGUGAUAUGAAGGGUAAAAAUGCUCCAGGGGGAGAUAAUGGGGGCAAAAUGACAAGUAAAGGUGUAGUUAAAGAGGCCAAGAGAAAUAAGUCCAUGACAGGAAAAAGCAGUUUAGUUGAUAAUUCUAAGGUUGGUAAGUCUGAAAGUUCUGUAAGGGAAUAUGUUCCCAAGGUGGAGAACGUGGAGGUAGCAAAGACUCCAACAAGAAGAAGUAAACGAGGUGCAGAUGCUGAAAUAGCAUCAUCAUUCUUGUUGUCAUUAGAGAAAGGCACAUCUAGGCUACGGCCAAGAAAAGAUGUGCCUUCCUUUCAGAAAGUUGUGUUGAGUGAGAGUGACUUUGACAGGAUAGUUGGGAAGAGAGUGAAGAUUUUCUGGUCUGGAUCAAGAAGAUGGUUUAUUGGGCGCAUCAAAUCGUUUGAUAAUGGGAAUAAGCUCCACAAGAUUUUCUAUGAUGAUGGUGAUAAGGAGGAAUUGGAUUUGAAGAAAGAGAGGUUUGAGCUUGAGGUUUCACCUAGUGAGGCUUUCACCCUAUUGUCCAAAACUGAGCUCAAUGAGAAGAAAGGAAUGGGUUCAUAUGGUGAUGGGGUCAGAAUAAAGACAAAAAAAGGAGGGCUUAAGGUUAGUGAUACUGCUGAACCUAUAAAGCAUGCACAGAAGAAGCAAAAAAUGGAGUCAAAAUAUGAAAAGAGGAGUUCGAAUUUGCCAAGUGGAAAAGGUACUGAGGAUUUGAAGAUGGAUGACCCGAUUAAAGAUAUGGAGUUGGAUGCACAUGCUAAAAGCAUUAGUGGACAAAGCAGAUACCAGGUCAUUGGAUUGCCUGGUGAAAUCAAUAAUCCAGAGAAAGAAAAGGGUAUUAGUAACAGUAAAGAUAAUGAUGGGGCUGAACCAGUGAAAAGGUGCACUGGCACUAAGAGAAAAGUUGCAUCAAAAACUGCAAAAAGUAGACAUCCAAGAGCGACGGCUACAAAAGAUACUGGGAAGGACGUGGACAAACCAGAUACCAGUAUGGAUGUGGAUAUACCACAAGAAGUUGAGAAGAAAUCAGUGCAUGGUGAAACGAAUGUGGAAAAACCCGAGGAAGACAAGUGCCCGAAAAAUCCUGAUGAAGUUGUAUUUAAUUCAGAAGUACCAUCUGAGAAAGCCAAUGGAAUAUCUGAUGAAGUGAAAGCAUCCAAACCAGAAAGCAACUUUGAUGAAAAAGAUUCCAAUGUUGGUAAGGUAAGUGGGAAUAUUGUGAAAGCAGAUCUGCUUAAGGUGGGUGAAACUGAACCAUUGAAGAAGCUGGCUAAUGUAAAGAAAAAACUGGCAGUGAAGGAAGCAAAAGACGGUGUCUCAAAAUCUUCAGGUGGAAACAACAAUGAUGAUGUGAAGUCAAAAACCACAGUUUUAGAUAUGGAGGUUGAUGUACUUGCUGGCAAAGCCAGGGAAAAGGUUGUAAGUGGAGAAAUUAAUGUGGAAGACAAGGCUGAUGAAGCAUCAAAUGAAGCACCAAGUACCAAAAACCUGACUGAAGAGAAAAAUCUUGAAAUCUUGGAGAAGCAGAAGAUCCAAAAAAUUGAAGCUGCAGGAAAUAGAGCUGAAUCAGGAGAGAAGAAUGCCUUGGAAGAAAUGAAAGUGAACACUCAGUAUGUACAUCAGCCAGAAAAUCCUGUCAGAAAGACACGAACAAAAGUUAGAGCAAAAAAAUAGCGUGCUGCUUAUGUAAAUGGGAGUUUUUACCAUCUUAAAUGGGUAGUUCAUAGUUGGUGCAUAGUGGUAUGAUGAAGAAUGGGAAACAUUGUGGUGCAGUGGGGGAAAACAGGAAGCAUAUUGUUGUUGUGGGUUAUUAACAGUUUAAAACCGAUACAGAAAAAUGGUAAUAUUUAAGUGGUGAUGAUCAACUUAAGCUUCAUUCUUAGCAAUCACGCCUGCAUGCGUUAUUUUCA